AUGUGCAUCGCUGGAUUCACAAUAUAUAAAAUCAAUUCCGACGACAACUUUGUAUCGGUCUGCGAGUUGAACGAGUAUGAAAGUGGAGAUGAUAUGGAUUUAGAGGACAUGCAAGAGGAUAAAUACUGUUAUGAAGUUCUCAGCCCCAAGGAAAUAAUAACUGAUAUGUUGAAAAAAAUAACCUCUAUAAACACUAUCCUGCAGGUCCCAAACACGGUUACGAGAAUUUUGCUGCAUCACUUUAAAUGGGAUGAAGACCAAUUCCUGGAAAAAUUCUACACGGGAAACAGAGCUGUCCUCUUCAAAGAGGCUCGCAUAGUUGAUCCUGCGUCAAUCGGUAACAGUAACAACAAAUUAUCUGUGGAUUCCAUAGAGGACUGUGACAUCUGGAUGAAUCCACUCUCUAAAGACUCGAUGACCGAGUUGGAGUACAAACACCAGUUUUGUGGCGACUUCUGGAACGAAUAUCUCUCCAUGAAGGUGAUGAAUGAAGAUGAGUGCCUCACUAUUGCAUGUCCGGCACACAAGUGCGACAUUUUAGUUGACGACACCACAUCGAUGACGAUGAUCAAGGAUUCCAAAAUAAAGGCCAAGUACCAGCACUUAAUAACACAAAGUUUUGUUGAAUUCAUUUUCAUAUAUUUCUAA